GGAACUAUUUGAAAACCUCUCCGUAAAUGUCGGCCAUUUCUGGCCACUUGGGCAAAAAUCACGUUGGUAAUUCACCGUCGGAAAAUCUUACAACUAAGGAAAACACCGGGAAGGUGUGAUUUUUUUUCUGGGAGAGGGACAGAUCUACUAAGUCACCAUGGCUCAGAAUUUGCCCAUCCGCUUCCAGGAGCAUUUACAGCUCCAAAACCUGGGCAUCAAUGCGGCCAACAUCGGGUUCAGCACGCUCACCAUGGAGUCGGACAAGUUCAUCUGCAUCAGGGAGAAGGUUGGGGAUCAGGCCCAGGUGGUCAUCAUUGACCUGAACGACUCGGCCAAUCCCAUUCGACGGCCCAUCUCGGCCGACUCGGCCAUCAUGAACCCCGCCAGUAAAGUCAUUGCGCUCAAAGCCGGCCGUACUCUGCAGAUCUUCAACAUUGAGAUGAAGAGCAAGAUGAAGGCCCACAACCUGACCGAGGAGGUGCACUUCUGGAAGUGGAUCAACCUCAACACCAUCGGCAUGGUCACGGACAACGCCGUCUUCCACUGGAGCAUGGAAGGGGAGUCCCAGCCGGUCAAGGUGUUUGACCGCCACUCCAACCUGGCCGGAUGUCAGAUCAUCAACUACCGGACCGACGCCAAGAUGCAGUGGCUGCUGCUCAUCGGCAUCUCGGCCCAGCAAAACCGUGUAGUGGGAGCCAUGCAGCUGUACUCCGUAGAGCGUAAAGUCAGUCAGCCCAUCGAGGGACACGCUGCCUGCUUCUCCAUCUUCAAGCAAGAGGGCAACCCGGAAGCAUCUACCAUCUUCUCCUUCGCUGUCCGUGGAGCAGCCGGAGGCAAGCUUCACGUCAUUGAGGCCGGUAGCCCUCCCAGCGGUAACCAACCCUUUUCCAAGAAGGCCGUGGACGUGUUCUUCCCUCCGGAAGCUCAAAAUGAUUUCCCAGUUGCAAUGCAGGUGAGCCCUAAACAUGACACCAUCUACCUGAUCACCAAGUACGGCUACAUCCACCUGUAUGACCUGGAGAGUGGUACCUGUAUCUACAUGAACCGCAUCAGCGCUGAGACCAUCUUUGUGACUGCACCCCACGAGGCCAGCUCGGGCAUCAUCGGUGUCAACCGCAAGGGCCAGGUGCUGUCAGUCAGUGUUGAUGAAGAGAACAUCGUCACCUACAUCACCAACACCCUGCAGAACCCGGACCUGGCUCUGCGCAUCGCCGUGCGUAACAACCUGUCUGGCGCUGAGGAGCUCUUCGUGCGCAAGUUCAACACGCUGUUUGCCCAGGGCAACUAUGCCGAGUCGGCCAAGGUGGCUGCCAAUGCACCCAAGGGCAUCCUGCGGACGCCCCAGACCAUUCAACGCUUCCAGCAGGUCCCCGCCCAGCCCGGUGCCACCAGCCCUCUACUGCAGUACUUUGGUAUCCUGCUGGACCAAGGGCAGCUCAACAAGUACGAGUCGCUGGAGCUGUGCCGGCCCGUGCUGCAGCAGGGACGCAAGCAGCUGCUGGAGAAGUGGCUCAAGGAGGAUAAGCUUGAGUGUAGUGAAGAGCUAGGCGAUCUAGUGAAGGCCCAUGACCCCACCCUGGCCUUGUCUGUCUACCUGAGAGCUAAUGUGCCAAACAAGGUGAUCCAGUGCUUUGCCGAGACGGGCCAGUUCAGCAAGAUUGUCCUGUACGCCAAGAAGGUGGGCUACACCCCAGACUACAUCUUCCUGCUGCGUAACGUGAUGCGCAUCAACCCGGAGCAAGGGUCAGGCUUCGCUCAGAUGCUGGUACAGGAUGAGGAACCACUGGCAGACAUCAACCAGAUCGUGGACGUCUUCAUGGAGCAGAACAUGGUGCAGCAGUGCACCUCCUUCCUCCUGGAUGCCCUCAAGAACAACCGUCCCUCGGAGGGACACCUGCAGACCCGCCUGCUGGAGAUGAACCUCAUGUCUGCCCCUCAGGUGGCUGACGCCAUCCUGGGCAACCAGAUGUUCACCCACUACGACCGGGCCCACAUCGCCUCCCUGUGUGAAAAGGCUGGUCUGCUUCAGAGGGCUCUUGAGCACUACACAGACCUGUAUGACAUCAAGAGGGCAGUGGUCAACACUCACAUGUUGAACCCUGAGUGGCUGGUCAACUACUUUGGCUCCCUGUCCGUGGAGGACUCCCUGGAAUGUCUCAAGGGCAUGCUGUCGGCCAACAUCCGCCAGAACCUGCAGAUCUGCGUGCAGGUGGCCACCAAGUACCACGAGCAGCUCUCCACCAACUCCCUGAUUGACAUCUUCGAGUCCUUCAAGAGCUACGAAGGUCUGUUCUACUUCCUGGGCUCCAUCGUUAACUUCAGUCAGGACGCUGACGUCCACUUCAAGUACAUCCAGGCUGCUUGCAAGACCGGCCAGAUCAAGGAGGUGGAGCGCAUCUGUCGUGAGAGCAACUGCUACGACGCCGACCGGGUCAAGAACUUCCUGAAGGAGGCCAAGCUGACGGACCAGCUGCCCCUCAUCAUCGUCUGCGACCGCUUUGACUUCGUCCACGACCUCGUGCUGUACCUGUACCGCAACAACCUGCAGAAGUACAUUGAGAUCUACGUGCAAAAGGUGAACCCGUCCCGUCUGCCCGUCGUCAUUGGUGGUCUCCUGGACGUGGACUGCUCUGAGGAUGUCAUCAAGAGCCUCAUCAUGGUUGUACGAGGACAGUUCUCUACCGACGAACUCGUGGAAGAGGUGGAGAAACGUAAUAGAUUGAAACUGCUUCUACCCUGGCUUGAGACGCGCAUUCACGAGGGCAGCGUGGAACCUGCCACCCACAACGCACUGGCCAAGAUCUACAUAGACAGCAACAAUAAUCCUGAGAGAUUCCUACGGGAGAAUCAGCACUACGACAGCCGCGUGGUGGGCAAGUACUGUGAGAAGCGGGACCCCCACCUGGCCUGCGUGGCCUACGAGCGCGGCCAGUGUGACCGGGAGCUCAUCAACGUCUGCAACGAGAACUCCCUCUUCAAGAGCGAGUCGCGCUACCUGGUCAAGCGCCGGGACCAGGAGCUGUGGGCCGAGGUGCUGCAGGAGACCAACCCUUUCCGCAGGCAGCUGAUUGACCAGAUUGUGCAGACAGCUCUGACAGAGACCCAAGAUGCUGAGGACAUCUCAGUGACAGUCAAGGCCUUCAUGACUGCCGACCUACCCAAUGAACUUAUUGAAUUACUGGAGAAGAUAGUGCUAGAAAAUUCAGUAUUCAGCGAUCAUAGAAACCUUCAGAAUCUGCUCAUCUUGACUGCCAUCAAAGCCGACAGGAGCCGCGUCAUGGAGUACAUCAACCGUCUGGAUAACUACGACGCUCCCGACAUCGCCAACAUCGCCAUCGGCAGCGAGCUGUACGAGGAAGCCUUUGCCAUCUUCAAGAAGUUUGACGUCAACACUUCUGCCAUCCAGGUCUUGAUCGAGCAUAUAUGUAACCUGGACCGCGCCUACGAGUUUGCCGAGCGCUGCAACGAGCCCUCGGUCUGGAGCCAGCUGGCUAUGGCCCAGAUGAAAGGUGGACUGGUGAAGGAGGCUAUCGACUCUUACAUCAAGGCCGACGACCCCUCCACGUACACUGAGGUCGUAGAUGCUGCCUCUGCAUCAGGCAACUGGGAGGACCUGGUGCGCUACCUGCAGAUGGCUCGCAAGAAGGCCAGGGAUUCCUUCGUGGAGACGGAGCUCAUCUUUGCCUUUGCCAAGACAAACCGCCUGGCUGACCUGGAGGAGUUCAUCUCAGGACCCAACCACGCCCAGAUCCAACAGGUGGGCGAUCGGUGCUAUAACGAGGGCAUGUAUGAGGCCGCCAAGCUGCUCUACAACAACGUCUCCAACUUUGCCCGUCUGGCCUCCACCCUGGUGCACCUGGGCGAGUACCAGAAUGCCGUGGACAGCGCUAGGAAGGCCAACAGCACACGAACAUGGAAGGAGGUCUGUUUCUCCUGUGUGGAUGGGGAGGAGUUCCGUCUGGCCCAGAUGUGCGGUCUUCACAUCGUGGUCCAUGCUGAUGAGCUGGAGGAACUCAUCAACUACUACCAGGACCGGGGCUACUUUGAGGAGCUCAUCCAGCUCUUGGAAGCUGCUCUAGGUCUGGAGCGUGCUCACAUGGGCAUGUUCACCGAGCUGGCCAUCCUGUACUCCAAGUACAAACCCUCCAAGAUGCGGGAACAUCUGGAGCUCUUCUGGUCCAGAGUCAACAUUCCAAAGGUGUUGAGGGCAGCUGAGCACGCCCACCUGUGGGCGGAGUUAGUGUUCCUGUAUGAUAAGUAUGAGGAGUAUGACAACGCCGUAGUCACCAUGAUGGCUCACCCCACUGAUGCCUGGAAGGAGGCUCAAUUCAAGGACAUCGUCACUAAGGUUGCCAACAUAGAGCUGUACUACAAGAGCAUUCAAUUCUACCUGGAUUACAAGCCCAUGAUGCUGAAUGACCUGCUGACCGUGCUCAUCCCACGGAUGGACCACACCCGGGCCGUCAGCCUCUUCAGCAAACUGGACCAGCUGAUGCUGGUCAAGCCCUACCUGCGACAGGUGCAGAACCACAACAACAAGGCCAUCAACGAUGCCCUGAACGGUCUCCUGAUCGACGAGGAGGACUACCAGGGGUUGCGCACCUCCAUCGACGCCUUUGACAACUUUGACAACAUCGCGCUGGCCCAGCGCCUGGAGAAGCACGAGCUGCUGGAGUUCCGGCGCAUCGCCGCCUACCUCUACAAGCGCAACAACCGCUGGAAGCAGGCCGUGGAGCUGUGCAAGAAAGACAAGCUUUACAGGGAUGCCAUGCAAUACGCCAGCGAAUCGCGGGAGACGGAGACCUCGGAGGAGCUGAUCGCGUGGUUCCUGGAGCAAGGCCUGCACGAGUGCUUCAGCGCCUGCCUCUUCAACUGCUACGACCUGCUCCACCCGGACGUCAUCCUGGAGCUGGCCUGGCGUCACAACAUCAUGGACUUUGCCAUGCCGUACAUGGUGCAGGUCAUGAGGGAAUACCUCAGCAAGGUUGACAAGUUGGCAGCCUCGGAGAAGGAGCGAGCCGAAGAGGGUGAAACAAAUCAGCCCCUGGUCUACAAUGAACCCCAGCUAAUGCUGACGGCAGGGCCAGGCAUGAUGAUGCCCCCACAGAUGGGUGUUCCAGGAGGCGGGAUGAUGGGUCCGCAACCGGGCUACUACGGCAUGUGAGACAGAUGGAAUCAAUGAAUUAUUGUAUCAAUUAUAGAAGUCUGGGGGAAAGAACCAACGGGCCCAUCCAACCUCUACUUUUGAAAAGUUCUCAAAAAAAAAUUAAAAACUAAAAAAACAAAAGUCCAGGAGUGAGGACUAGUUUUAAGGUGUGAAAAUAUUGCAAGUAUAAAAAAAAAAAAUGAGUAAAGAAAAUUACGUGCUCAUCUUUACAAUGUGAGAAAAAAAUUCCCAACUGUUAAAACAAUAAAUACAGCUGCUUUGGAAAAAAUUGCAAGAACAGUAGAGGUUAUUGAAAAGACUCCUUAUAAAUUUGCCGAGAAUUUAUAAGUGACGUUUUCAUUUUCUGUGAGACAAAAUUGGAGGCGGAUGUGGCUUUUAAUUCUUUGCCCGGUGUUUUUGUUAUUUUGUCUGUACAUCCCUAGUAUAGAGCUAUAUAAUAAUUUCUGGCAUAUUAUUUGGUGUUUUAAAAGUGGCCCCCACCAGAAAAAAAGCGUCAAGCAAUUUUUCAGAUCAAACCAUCAGCUGACAGCCUAAGGGUAUUUUCAAAAAGCACUUGUAUUUGGUUUGCAUUUUAUUUCAAGCCUGCACAUUUAAAAAAAAACAACACCUUUUGAUCAAAAUAUUGAAGUGGUUUUUUUUCGGAGUUCACAAUUUUAAGCGUAGCAGGAAAGUUAUAUUUGUGAUUCCUGUGCAGUUGUGGGCAAUGCAUUAUGAUUUUUUUCUUAGUCCAUGCAUUCCUUUGUUUGCUGUUUUUGGUAACAUCCGGAUCUCAGUUUAACUUUGGGGAACAAAAUAAACUUGGAGGGAAACAUGUUACUUUGUGGACCCUUUUUUUUUUGCGGCCUCAAAAAGUAGUGUGCAUUGCAGCUCUUAAAUAUUGACUUCCUCUUUUCUCAUCUGUAUUUGGUGAGAUGUGCUGUUGUUUCUUAGGCACCGAUUGUAAUCGCCAAGGCUUCGCAUAGACAGCUUUGUUACUUUGUGCGAGUUUCGUACAGGCUUCUUCCCUCUCUGUAUAUAUUUACGCGCUGCUUUAGCUCCGAUCCCUUCCUCUGCAGAAAGACCAAAGACAACGUUACGUGCUCAUGUCUUUAUUGUAUAGCUCUAUGUCUCAUGAUUUUUAGGUUGUCUCUCUUUUCUUUCACAAAUACUGAUAUGUAACCCUUAAGCAAUGACACUCAAAACGUGACAGAAAAUUUAAUUUGAAAGGGCCUAGGAAUGUGCUCAGCCGAUAUGCAUUUUUUUUAAUCACUCAUGUGAAUGACUUUAAAAAUAACACUUUAAAAAAAUGGCACUAGUGUACAAAUUAUAGGUAGGAAUAAGUUGUUGAAUACAAAACCUGGUAUAAAAAAUUAAAAAAAAAAAGUAAUUUAAAAAUUGAAAUAAAACAAAUUGGGAGAAAAAAAAAUCGCUGUACCAACAUGUUGAAUGUUAGAAAAUAUAUUAUAAGAAUAUUAAAAAACGAUGCCGACAAAAUUAUUAGUAAUGUAAAAUUAAUGUUCAGUGAUAAUUUUUUUUAUAUACAGAGGUAAAAACGAAAAAUAUGGUAGCAUAGGUAGUCAGUUAGAUUGUUCAUGUGUAGUGUUAGUCAAAAAGUGGGAAGUACAGAAUGUAUUCAGUAGCUUAGACUAGAAUUGAAACUUGUGUUCUGACAAUACAUAUUGAUAUAUUUUGGAAAGGAAGCAGUCAACCCCGGGAAUGGAAUGGAUUGAUCCAAUCACCAAAGCUUAGGGUUGAACCAUUAUAUAUUUUAGGGGGUAGGUGUGAUAUUUUUGUAACGCCAUCGGUGAUUAAUUCAUUCCAUCUCCCGAAAAACAUGGAGAGAGGGGAAGUAAUUGUUAUUACCAGUCGGACAUACUUAAUGUGAAUAGGUUGGUGGCAAGUGUUUAACAUUCCGUAACUAGAGUAGUGGCUUUUUUUUGUAUCUGCCUAUAAAAUAGCUGUUUGUAAAAAAAUAAUUAAAGUUUGGCGUAGAUUUAUAGCUAAUCAAUAUACUUCAGGAUAACACUAUUGUGAAUAAAAGGUACAGCGAUAGAAUUGAGAUUUAGUGAUCGUCCAUUAAAAUCUAAUUUUAUAUAUUUCUUUUUUUAAAAGGAUAUUUUGAGCAAAGGGCGUAUAAUUUGUACUUGCCGUAAAAAUCAAACCAAAAAAAAAAAAAAAAAUCCAAUAAUUCAAACUGCCUUUUUAAAAAUUCUGAAUGAACAGAAAGGCUUAUAAAUUGGCGCUUCUUUAGCUGUAAAUUCUUGCUGAUUGUCGUUUUUGUUGCUUGAAAUUAAAAGACAUUACAAUUAGGAUUUGGGGCUAAAAAAAAGUCGGCUGAGCACAUUCUUUGAUAGAGGAAUUCAAAACAUGGAAAUUAUGGAUUAAGAUUUACAGGACAAAAGAGUGUUGAGGGAAAUGAAGCUCAUCAAUGGACAAGUCUAGUGGUUUUGUCACAUCUUUAUUUUACAGCCACCCAUGCCAAGAAAAUUUGCUGUCUUUACAAAAAAAUUAAUGUCAACCAACAAAAUAUAUUGAACAAAAAUAAGGUUACAUGAACACAAAUUUCAGUUUACAUCAAAUUUUAAAUACCGAAGAUUUGUCUAUAAAUUGCAGCAAGUUGUUAAAAAAAAAAAAAAAAAUGUUCUGCAAACAUUGCUGCGUUUUUGGGGGUUUUCUUUUUUUCACUCGCGGCUUAAAGUGCUCGUAAAACUCUGUAAAUUCUUAAUCACCAGAAACUGACCUCAGAUUUUUGAUUUCGUACAAUUUACAUCUGUUUAAGCAAAUAAGUUCUCGCGUGUUCAAACUGUUCACACAAAGAAUGUGGAAGAACAAGUUGAGUUAGAUUGUCAACUUGCUUUUGUGCUAAUUUAAAAAAACAACACUGUGAUACACUAUAUUUACUAGAGUGAAUUUUUGCAGUAGCUACACGGAGUAAAGUGCUAUGAUUUAGUAUCCAUUGUUUUGUUGUCAUUUGUAAACUUGAUGUUGUCUUUCUUGUACUCGGCUUGUUUUUUUAAAUCAGAAUACUUUUAUCGGAAUUUGGCCGUUGUAAAUCCACAAGACUUUCAAAUACUUUAUGGAAUUAUGGUCAAGCUUGUGUUCAAAAUAACGGUCUGGUGCCCGUUUAUGUGGAGACCCAAAGUUAUUUGUUCACACUUUUGGGUAGGGUACACAACAAUGAUUUUGUCUUGUUAGGUAAGAUGCUUUCUGAACUUGUAUUCUUUGAAACACUGACCGAUAAAGUUGCGAACAUCUUCCAAAAAUACUUGAUUACAUAAAAGAUUGCAAUGAGUCGGUAAAUAGGAGUGAGCAUGGUAACGCCAAAUGCGUAUUUCCAUCUUGAAGCAACCAUAUUUUCAUUCUUAUUAAAAGAAAUUUAAAAAGCGGUUAUCACAUUAAUCUAAGCAAUGUUUAGCGAUUAUAAAAAAACACUAACGCACCACCAGUUAUUCACAAUAUCACUAUAUAUACAUGCUGUUGUCUAUCUAUGCCUACAUCACACAAACUAAUUGUACUCCGUUAAACCUUUUAGCAGCAUUUAGAUGUUUUGUAUAAUGUUAGUCUGGAAAAGUUGUCAUAUUUUGUCUCUAAUUUCGAGGUAUAAUUUUGUGCCAGAUAUUAUUAUGUACGAUUAUUCAACUAUUAAAAUGACUCCUUGAGAGACAGAUAAAA